AUGUCUGCUUUCAGGGGCAAAUACGCUGAUGAGCUCAUUGCCAAUGCUGCCUACAUUGGCACCCCUGGAAAGGGUAUUCUUGCUGCUGAUGAGUCAACUGGAACAAUCGGCAAACGUUUUGCCAGCAUCAAUGUUGAGAAUGUUGAAUCAAACAGGCGUGCUCUUCGUGAGCUCCUCUUCACCGCCCCUGAUGUGCUCCAAUACCUCAGUGGAGUGAUUCUCUUUGAAGAAACUCUCUACCAGAAGACAGCCUCAGGCAAGCCAUUCGUUGAUGUCUUGAAGGAAGGAGGUGUUCUACCUGGAAUCAAGGUUGACAAGGGCACUGUUGAGCUUGCCGGAACCAAUGGUGAGACCACAACCCAGGGUCUAGAUGGGCUCGCCCAGCGUUGCCAAAAGUACUACGAAGCUGGUGCCAGGUUCGCAAAGUGGCGUGCUGUGCUCAAGAUUGGUCCCAAUGAGCCAUCUCAGCUGUCCAUUAACGAAAACGCUAAUGGCUUGGCUCGGUAUGCUAUCAUUUGCCAGGAGAAUGGCCUGGUCCCCAUCGUUGAGCCAGAGAUCCUGGUUGAUGGACCCCAUGACAUCGAGAAGUGUGCUGAUGUGACUGAGCGUGUUCUUGCUGCAUGCUACAAGGCUCUUAAUGACCACCACGUCCUGCUUGAAGGAACUCUCUUGAAGCCCAACAUGGUUACUCCAGGAUCUGAUGCCAAGAAGGCUUCACCCGAAGUGAUUGCUGAGUACACAGUCCGUGCUUUGUUGCGCACUACCCCUGCAGCUGUCCCUGCUGUGGUGUUCUUGUCUGGUGGACAGAGUGAGGAGGAGGCUACCCUCAACCUUAAUGCCAUGAACAAGCUCAAGGGGAAGAAGCCAUGGACUCUUUCCUUUUCAUUUGGAAGGGCUCUUCAGCAGAGCACACUUAAAGCCUGGGCAGGAAAGGUGGAAAACAUUGGAAAGGCACAGGCUGCUCUCCUCACAAGGGCCAAGGCCAACUCAGAGGCUACCCUCGGAACAUACAAGGGUGAUGCAAAGCUUGGUGAAGGUGCCGCCGAGAGUCUUCAUGUUAAGGAUUACAAGUACUGA